CUUUAGGUCUAAAGUAUUGGUAACAGAGAGAUUUGUCUUCACUUCAAAUGAACGAUAAGACGGAAGAAUCUAAACCAUUAUCGAUGAAAGAAGAUGAUGAAGGCAGUGAAAAUCUGUCUCCAGAGAAACUUUCAAUGGAUGAAUUGGUUGACAGGACGGUAGGCACAUCUACAGGGCGAUACGUUGGAUUUCUCUUCCUGAUGUUUUUGGUUUCUAAAUCAACCGCUUCCAUGAUGUGCUAUUUGCCGGUCUUCACUGGCUACAUACCGUACACGGACUGGGAGUGCUCCUCAGAACAGUGUUUUUCCCUUCUCCAGAACCACACUGGAGAAAACAACACAUUUUACACCAGAGAUACUAUGUGUACCAACAAACUUAAAGCUGAUGUCGACUUUAUCUGGACACCAAAACGCUCCAGUUAUGCUGUUGACUUUGGAAUUUACUGCGGCACAGAAUCCCAAAAUUCCAAUGUCAACAGUUUUUACUUUAUAGGUGGUUUCGUGGGGUUGAUAGGGAGUUCUACUUUAUACGAGAUGUUCGGGAGGAAGAAGGUUACACUAGCGGCUGGUUUGAUUGCAGUCUCUGCAACCAUCGGCAUGGCAUUCGCAGGAAACAUACAGACCUUGUGUGGCUUAAGGAUAAUGCAGGGUCUCGGCAUGCUAAGUUUCGUAACGGGACAUUAUGUGUGGGUAAUGGAGUUCACUCCUCUCCGACUGAGAAAUCUUUCCAACACCCUACUGUCAAUCACCUGGCCUAGUGGUACUGGAAUCCUUAUUUUCAUCUCCUACAUGGUUACUAACUGGAGGUACAACAUCGGGAUUAUAGCCAUUAUCUCAAUCCUUUUCUACAUACAACUUCUGAUUUGCCCUGAGUCACCAAGAUUCUUAGUUUACAAAGACAAAGAGGAACAGGCUUUGAAGAUUCUGAACAAGAUGGCAAAAUUCUACAACACACCUCCGCUCCAAAGUAAUGUUCUCCAGAGAGAGGUUGAACAGAAAGGUAAGAGUGAGGGGCUUCUAAAACAAAUGAAAGAUUUCAUCAUAUACCCAGUGAUGUUGAGGAGGACGCUCUUUCUGAUGAUAUGCUGGUUCAUGGUCUCACUAUUUUACUACGGGCUCAGCUUCGGGUGGCACAAAAUGGGCAAGAACAUAAUGGCAAGUCAAGGGUUCGCAUGCAUUUCCGAGGUUGUAGCUUGUACCACAAGUUUCGCUCUAAUUGGUGCAACAGGAAGAAAGAAAACACAGAUGCUGGUGUGUCUUGGUAUUGCAAUCUGUUUCGGGAUUGCCAUGAUUGACGUUCCGCUGUCUUCAACAUGGCACCUCCGGCAAGUGGCUUGUCUCAUAGCUAUCAUAUUUAUCGGGGCCGAGUUUAUCACAGUGUUCCUGUACACGGUUGAGCUGUCCCCAACCUCCCACCGAGGCAUGAUAUUGAGUUCGUGUUCCGGAGUUGCAAGAAUUGGCUCCUUUCUCGGCCCUUACCUCAGUCUUCUUUACAACGUACUGGAUCGCAGGAUCGUGCUUGCGAUUUUUGCUGGAAGUGCUGUGCUGGCUGCAGUAGGGACAUGGUUCUUGUUGGAGGAUACUACUGGUGUUGAGAUACCAGAAACACCAGCUGAUCUGCAAGGAGUGAAGAGGCUCCGAGAAGAGGAUGAGGACAUUUAGUAGGACAAAUAGUUGAGGACAGAUAGUUAGGACAAGUAGUUGAGGACAGAUAGUUAGGGCAAGUAGUUGAGGACAGAUAGUUAGGACAAGUAGUUGAGGACAGAUAGUUAGGACAAAUAGUUGAGGACGGAUAGUUAGGACAAGUAGUUGAGGACAGAUAGUUAGGACAAGUAGUUGAGGACAGUAGAGAGGCAAGAACUUUUUACUUUUUUAAGAGUUCGCGAGUAAACUCAACAGUAAACAUGCGGUGAACUGUGAAGUCACUGCUUAGGCGUAUUAACAUGAUUUUGAUUCGAUCACCGCGCCGUAAGUUAACCACGAAUUAUCAAUUUCCUGAAUGAUCGCACAUGUUUUUAUCUGCUGAGUGACCCCUAUUAUAUUUAUUUAUAAUACUAUAGUGUCUAACAAGUUCU